UUCUUCGCGCAGUUUCUUUUGUGAUGUUUAUUUCGUAAUCGUAACAAGUUUUCGCGGCGCGCUGCAUCAAAAUGCUCAGGAUCGUGAAAGAUGUUCCGAAAUUGGUCCUUUUGAGAGCAUUACACUGCAGUCACCAGAACUGUGUCAGCUUCAGAAAACAAGGCAAAGUGCUGAACAAGUUGAUGUACGGUUCGGAUAAAAACAAACGGAAAUGGUACGGCGAACGGACUUCUCAGACGGCUUUCUCUUCCCCGGCUUCGUUGGCUUCCACCAAAGGACAGGGAAAGGAAUCGACCAGGCGGCUGACGGUGCUGAAUAAACUUUUCAUGGAGCAGAUCACGGAUUUGAUGGCUACCGGAGAGUACUCGGAGGAAAUAGUCGGUUACGGUAUACAAAUUUCCCGCGUUCGGGUCAGUACGGACUUCCACGGCGUCAACGUGUUCUGGUUUGCCAGCGACAGUGCCCAAGAUGCGGAAAUCGGACGGUUGCUGAAACGCGUGGCUGGUGGAUUGCGUCACGAACUAUCCCAGUUGAGGCUGAUCGGUCAAGUACCAAAACUGACCUUUGUAAAGGAUAAAGCGCAUGGCCUGAACGCUGAUGUAGACAGCGCUUUGCGCAAAGCGGAUUACGGAGAAGAUUACGAGUUUACCAAUCGAAGCCUAGUGCCGAGAAGUGAAAUCAAAUUGCAAACCGAUCUACCUUCCGAGGUGCGUAGAAAGAUCGGUGAACUGGAGGACGAAAUCGAAUACCCUCGUGACGAUCAUGAUCCUCUGCCGGACAUGCGCCACGAUGUUCUGGGCUUGAAUCACGGAAUGAUCAUGAACAAAAUCAAACGAUCACUCAACAAAUCCAAGCAGGCGUGGAGCCAAUAUAAUAGUGAAGAUAAAAUAUCAGGCGAUGAAAAGAUUGUUCCCUCCUCGCAGUGCUCUAGUGACACCGAUCUAAAUGCAAUCCAAGAGGACUCUAAGGUACAGUUUAGUAAAAGUUUGGAGCGACGAAAGUUUAAGAAGUUUAAUAGUGGACGUAAAGCGUUAGAUUAUGAACUUCUUGAUUACAAGCCCAAUUUUGAAGAGGAACCUGAAAUUAUGCCAAAAGAUGACGACUUCAUUCUAGAGGACAGUGAUCACCAUAAAAAUAGAAAAUGAGUCUAUGUAGGUAUGUAUGCAAAUAUAAAGCAAUACACUUAACGGUGGCAAAGAUUACACAACACACAACUGCAGUCAAAUGUAAAUACAUUGAGUUUAUAAACCGUA